CUUCUAUAUAUUCUCUUCUUCCGGACCUCAUUUCUCAUCGAACAUUAUCUCUGGUAUUCUCUCAGAAAUGAUGGCUUCUGGUACUUCUAAGCUUAUUUUGGUGCUGCUUCUUGGUGCACUUAUUUGCACCAGUACUAGUGCUAGGAAGCUCUUGAACCAAAAGGGUGCAUUGGGUGAGCAAAAGACAUUCUUCGACAACUUUCCAGGUAAUGGUGGUGGACUAGGUGGUGGUGGUGGUGGCGGGCUCGGGGGUGGUGGUGGUUUGGGUGGUGGUUCUGGUGCUGGUGCAGGUGGUGGAGCUGGAUUUGGUGGGGGUUCUGGCUUGGGUGGAGGAGGAGGAGGAGGAGGGUUUGGUGGGGGAGGAGGUGGUGGGGGUGGACUAGGUGGUGGCUCAGGUUUUGGAGGUGGAGCUGGAGCUGGAGGUGGGUUUGGGUCUGGAACAGGAGGAGGGCUUGGCGGUGGAGGUGGGGGAGGGUUUGGUGGUGGCGACGGUGGUGGGGCAGGUGGUGGAUUUGGUGAAGGAGCUGGAGGAGGAUUUGGAGGUGGAAUAUUGCCUUGACUUCAAAGAUUUGUGUUUCCAUAUAUAUAACAAGAAUGCUGCUACGCACUAUUUAUAGCUAGUUUGUACUCUCUGCUAGUUACAAGUCCCAAAUAUCAUCUUGUAAUAAUGAGGAAAUAGGUUGAGACAUCCUUUAUUUCCCCUUGGUUAUUAUUAUAUUUGUCUCGACUAACAGAAUUGUUUAAUAAAGCAGUGAUUAAUGCUUA